UCAACUUUUCACCGGUGGCGUUGUGUGUGUGUCUCUCAGGCGGUGGAUUAUGUGGAGCUGUCUGCACGAAUUACUAUUUAACAUCUUCUGUAUCCGACUUUGAAUGCUUCCCGAGCACGCUUUUGGAAAUUUAAUCUGAACUUUUGUGAGAAGAUGGAUAACAAAGAGGAAUCAAAGAGUUGUUCCGUCAGUGUCCUGACCUGGGAGCAGGUGAGCCGGCUGAAUGAGGUUCUGACCGAGGUUGUGCCUGUACAUGGACGGGGGAACUUCCCUACCUUAGAGGUGCGGCUGAAAGACAUUGUGGCGCGUGUCCGCUCCCGCCUGGAGCUGAGUGGCAUCAGAGUGAAGGACAUAAGGCUCAAUGGCUCCACGGCCAGCCACGUACUGGUGCAGGAUAUUGGCUGGAGCUACAAGGAUCUGGACGUCAUCUUCAGGGUGGACCUGCCGCACGAGGCAGAGUUCCGCCUCAGUAAGGACGUGGUCCUGGGUACCCUGCUGGACUUCCUACCUGAGGGUGUGAACAAAGAGAAAAUUACACCCAUGACUCUCAAAGAGGCAUAUGUUCAGAAGCUGGUGAAAGUCAACACAGAGCAGGACCGCUGGAGCCUCAUCUCCCUCUCCAACAACAACGGCCGCAAUGUGGAGCUGAAGUUUGUGGACUCAAUACGGCGGCAGUUUGAGUUCAGUGUGGACUCCUUUCAGAUUGUGCUGGACUCCAUGCUUGCCUACUACGAGCUGGCACAGACGCCCAUGUCACAGGCCUUUCACCCCACUGUGAGUGGGGAGAGCAUGUACGGGGACUUCAACAUGGCACUGAGCCACCUGCGGAACAAGCUCAUCGCCACCAAGCGGCCCGAGGAGAUCCGAGGCGGCGGCCUGCUGAAAUACUGCAAUCUGCUGGUGCGGGACUUUCGGCCUGCCAGCGAGGAGGAGUUCAAGGGCCUGGAGCGGUACAUGUGUUCACGCUUCUUCAUCGACUUCCCUGACAUCGGUGAGCAGCAGCGCAAGGUGGAGGCCUACCUCCAGAGCCACUUUAUAGGCGAGGAGAAGAGCAAGUACGACUACCUCAUGAUCCUGCGGCGAGUGGUCAACGAGAGCACGGUGUGCCUCAUGGGCCACGAGCGGCGGCAGACCCUCCAUCUCAUCUCGCUGAUGGCCUUCCGAGUCCUGGCCGAGCAGAAUGCUAUCCCGGAUGCAUCCUGCGUCACCUGCUACUAUCAGCCUGCGCCUUAUGUCCGAGACCACAACUUCAGCAACUACUAUGUGGCUAACCAGAACAUUCCAACAUGGCUGCCAUGUAACUGAUAAAACAACCAAGUGGAAGGAUGUACAAGAGGGCACCGCCGCUGCUGCUGCUGCUGCUUUUGAAAAGAGAGAAGGGAUAAAUUAAAUAAAAAAAACUCCCCCAAAAAAAUUAUAUUAUUGAGGCAAUAAAUGCUAUGUUCCUCUCAAGGCACAAUUAUAUUUAAGUGGACAAGUGUUUUGCUUUGUUUUUUUGGAAUCCUUUCUCAUUCCUUAUCUACAGAGUUGUCUAGGUCAUUGAAUAGAAAGUGAUAUUUUUAAGUGUUUAGAUUUUUUUUUUUCUCAUCAUGUUUGGUUGUUUCCCUGUUUAUCAACCUUAUUCUUAAUGGAGUUGUGUUUGUGCCUUAACCUCCAGGUUUACCCUCCAAUAAUUUAAGUAUGGGCUAUUUUUGAAGGAAUGGAAGAAGAAAAUGUUGUAGCCCUAUAUUUGGUUUUCUCCUGUGAUUUAAGAAAAAAAAAAUGUGAAAAGGCAGAAAAAAACAGAAAAUAUUGAAAAAUGGUAUUAUUGUGAAAGGGGUAAUAUUAUAGGUGAUGGCCAAAAAAAAUAGCAGAGCACCAGUGUUAAAAAGGUUUAGUUCACUGGGUAAGGAACAUAGGUGGUACACUAAUAACUUUGUUCACAUCAGAAAUGAAGGGGAAGCGAGUGGAGUUGUAUUUGUUUUAAUUCAUUUUGACAUAAAUAUCUCUCACAGACCUUUGUGCUCUCCCUAAUAUGCCGGUAGUGCCUGUGAUUUGUAAACAAUGCAAGAAAAAAAAAAAGUGUAUUUUUAUUUUCCACUGUGAAUUUCAGUGUAGGGCGAGCUCCCCUCCUCCCCCUUUAUCCAGUUUACUCAGCCCUGUACUUUACAAUCAUGAGCGGCUUUGAGUGGAAAUGUGCAGUGAGACAGUUUAGUCCUCAGAUAGACGGGCUCCUGUGUGUCUGAGGAGUUUAUUUUUCCCUGUUUUUGUGUUUUUUAUUUUUUUUUUUUUUUUUUAAAGUCACUUCCAAAGCCUCACCAGUGACCUCCAGAUGUCACAGUCCUCUGGCUAUUGUGGGAGACUGAGUGACAGGACAUGGGGUGGACACGGGCCCGUUGAGGCAGUGUGGCUGGCCUGGUUGCCUGCAGCGAGAGCUGGCUGGGAGUCUCGGAGUGACAGGCUGACUGGUUGUCCCUUCCCUUAAAAGGAGUAGCACAUGGCGGGCCGGCGGUGUGGUCCCUCACCACCAUUGCAGGCUCGACAGCAGCCCUGAAAUGGGAUCCUCCUCUGAUGCAGCUCAGCGACUGGCUCUCAAAACUACAGGCUAGUCUAUAAUUAUCCUCUUUUUCUUUUUUUUCCCCGAGGGAGGUAUCUCCGGAGCAGGGGAACUGGGGAUGGGUAUGCGAGCAGCAGCCCUGCCACCUUACAUGUGUGGGAGCUGAAUCACUUCCUGUCCUCUCGUAUGCGGUGCCUGCUGGGACCAUGCAGUGUUUGAACCCCUUUUGUGGUCAUGGGAGGAUAGACAGCGGGGAGUGCGACUGGUAUGUUCAGAGAAACGCCAGCCUGCUAGUGGGAUACCACUCCCCUUUCAGAUUUGGAUUUUUAUUUAUCCUGAAAGCUACAACUGACUUCCCUCCCUCCACCAUCUGUGACAGAGUUGCCCCCCUAAAUUUAUGAAUUUCUAUUUUUAGCCUAGCCUAUUAUUAGGUGUUGACUUGGAACACUUGCAGUGUGGCAUUACUAGCAGGAGGCCUGAGUUGGGACUCUCCUGACAUACCAGCAUCCAGGUUGGUUCUUUUGCAAGCCCCCCCCGGUCCCCUCAGUUACUCAGAAACCCCGGCCUCUCACUGCGGCUCGUGUUUAUACUAGAUAACCAGGAGUGUGUCUUAUCUAGCCGGCCCCCGACUCACUGCUGGUUAGAGAAUUGUUAAAGGGAGGUCAGCUCGAUCUACUGUGCAGGUCGCACCCAGGGCAUGUUCUGCUGGCUCAGCUGCUGAACUUUGGUAUCAGAACUGCCGUAGUCAGUUUUUGUUUUUCCCUUUUUUAACAAGUGAGGUGCCACACACUGUCUCGCUCUGGACCAAAGUACUUUACAACCAGCAACUGAAGCAUUCAAGUGCCUUUGACUUUUUGGAGAGUGAUUAGCUUUUUAAAGGGUUUUUUAAAAAUGGUGAUCAGAUUUUUUUUUUUUUUCAGCCCCUUUAAACCCAGUGAAACAGUUGAUACAAGACUGUAUCAUAUCUGUAUUAGAUAGCAGUUCAUAGAAGAAUACAUACAUUUUUGGUUGAGGAGCAAAAUAGUUUGGUUUGAAUUUGAAUUUUUGGUAUUUAUCAUGUUUUUUUUCUCCUUUAAACCUGUCUGUCUAGUCAUUCCUGUCAGUCUUCUCAGCCAUUUCAUUUUAUCCCCGUCUAAUGUCUUUUCCUUCUCGUUUCGGCCUUGUUUUCACUGGCAGCCAUGUUUGACUUCAGUGUCACCUGACUGCCUUUUUGAAAUCCAACUUUUGUUUAAUUCAGAUUUUCUAAACAGACCUUUUUAUGUAUUGACACCCCUAAUUUAAUGGACUGCCUAGCAUCAUAGCUCCACCUGCUCCGAAGCAACCUGGCUGUAUUGUUUUGCUGACAGUUCUGUCCCCCAUCCAAACCAAAGCAAUACCUUAAGUGCCCUGACAAGCCAUACUUGUGGCACAGUAGCUGGCGGUCCCCCAGCAGAGACCCUUACUAACAGAAGCACUUUAAAGAGGCCUUGUUUUACUCCAAACCCAGCCACCUGAGUGGAAUGUAAAUAAGCUAAUGUGGUCAGUUGCUGGAGGGAGUUGAGCUGGUUCUCAGGGACAUAAUGUGUUUUUGAGAGCUUUUGUUUUGUCCCCUUUUUUUUUAUUUUUUUUUAUUUUGGGAUGGUAAAUUGGUUUAAUCUGCCCUUGACAUUGGGACGUCCCCUUUUGAGACUCACCUUCAUUCUGUCUGUUCUUCUCACCGUAUUAAUUGUAAGUCUUGACUCUGUUCUUACCCAAACUGCAGGUUCUUAGUAGAGUAGAUCAUGUUUGAAGGUGGAGGGAGCCAGCAGACAGCAGCCUGCUACAGCCUGACUGCAACGCUGGGUUUUAUCUGUGCAUCCAUUUGCUCUGAAACCUGAUCACUCAGAGGACAGUCCCCUCCUAGUUCAGUGUCAGCAGCUGGACGUAUCGCCACACUCUCAACCCUAACAUGAUCUUUGUUUUGUUUGAGAGCCAGGGCACAAACCAUCGAUUUACUUACAAUAUACCUUUCAGGGAACGACAGCCCAGAGUCUCCUCUGAGUGGACCAUUAAUUGGUUUCUCAAAGCACAGAGGCACAUUCAAAACCAGCAGCCUGAUCUCGCUGCUUGUUACAGGUUGAAGUCUGCAGAGCGGGAGGGGGGAGGACUAGUCUCUUCUUGGGCUUCUUGUUGACAUCGCUCACUAAAAGCAGUUCUGAGCGAUGUCAAAGAAAAUGCAACAAACGACAACUUGCAGUUUCUGGUCUAUGGUGAACGCAGCCCGGAAUGAAAAUCCUCUGCGUUCUUUCCAAUCCACCCCACUUUCAUGUGUUUACGGUUAUUGUGACUUUUUUUUUUUUUUUUUUUCCCCUGACGGCUGUUAAUGAAAGCUUUACCCCCUGCCCCCCCCUAGAUGAGUGGGGUGCACUUCCUUCGUCAGGGUUGAUGUGUGUAUGUAUGUUGAUGUAUGAACUUUGUGUGGAGGACGAUGUUGGGGGGGGGGGGGGUGAUAGAAUGAAGUGUAUUUUGCCUUUUUGUUUUUAUUUUCUAGCCACACUUUUUUUUUCUGCUGUAAACUUGUCAGUGUUAUUGAUCCUGUUGCUUCUCUCACUCACCUUGCCUUUGGUCGUCCAACUUGUCUGGGCCAUUGUGUAUUUUUUUUCUAUUUAUGACACCUGUAGAUGUAUUCUCUGCUGUAGGGGGUGCAGAGCAAGCUGUGGAUUAGAUAUAUAGUGGUUAUGCUUGUCUAAAGUGCAAGUCUUACACCAUGGGGAUGUGAGGGAGGCCCUCUGGAAGCUCUCCUACAGUUUCUAUAUGAAGAGUUGUGAAUUUCUUUUUUGCAGCAGAUUUGUGUUUACGUUAACGCGUGGAGGUGUGUGUGCUUGUUUGCAUGUGUGUGUAUGAAGGGAUGCCCGUGGCUAUACACAAAGUGGGGGAAAACAUGAAAUUUGUCGCACUAUUAUAUUUUUUUUGAAAUAGUUAAUGCAAAAGAGCUUUUUUGUCAGCUUCGUGAUUGUGACGAUGAGUUUGAUGGUUCCAACCAUUAUACUAUUUCAUUUUUCAGCACUUUUACCUCACUUGAGUUUUUCCUUUUGAAUGGAAAUGUACAUGUACAUCAGGAAAAUGUGUUUGAAGAGGAAAUAAUGAAUAAAGGGUAUUAAAUGCAA